UUUUUUUUGUUUUUGGUUUUAUUUUGCCGACACUGAUGUCGGAGGUGCUUCUCUGCUGUGUGUGCAUUUUGAUUACAUCUUGCGUCUUUUAACCAUUUCUGGGGUUAGGCAAAGCUUUCGUGAAGAUUUCCGAGUAAGUUGGGGACACUUUUUAUUUUUCCCCCUUCUUAUGUCGGUGUGUGUGUGCAGGUUGGUUUUCAAGUGCGUGGAAGAGCGUGGACUCUGGAGUGGAGCUCACCAUUGUAGUCUCUCUGAGGGUUCGGUCUCCCAAGGUUGUGCGAGUGGAGCUGAGUUUGAGAUGUUUUAGAGUGACAUGCUCUGAUUUUGUUUUUGUUUUUGUUUGUUUGUUUGUUUGUUUGUUUUGUUUUUUUUUUAAAGUUUUUUUUCUUGGGGAGUUGGGUUGGCGGUACGAAGCAAAUGAGGCAGGAAGCCGAGAGGCGCUUUGGUUUAGGAGAGCACUGAGGGCGAAGAGCUUGGUGUAUGCUUAAUGGCGUAGUGUUAGGCUGUUUAUGAAGAAUUGGGUGUUCGGAAUAAUUGGAAUGAGUGGCACAAUUGUUCCUGAAUUUGAUGGCUGCUAUCUUCUGCCCAGAGAUUUGAUAUGCGCCUGCAGAAUUCCGAACUGGGAGGUGUAGGACUUCUACGCACUUUCUGGUUGUUAUAUCUCCCGAGCGCAAGUUCUGUGUCGUGAAAAGUGAAGCGCGCACGUUAGGCUGACAGUUCCGAAGAUUUCUUGUUUUUUGGUUGGACCAUUUCCGUGGGUCCUUUCUUGUCUGUAGAAUUUUGGGUUGUUUUAGAACAUGGAACCGUGGAGGCUGCAGAAGCGGUUCCUCAGUCAUCACUGUGGAAACAGCCGCAACUCUUAUCACCUUUCUUUGACGCCACUUGCAGGAGUGUAAAUUUUUUCUGAUACUCGCACUUGAUUAUUAGAUAUUUUUAUGCGUUAGUCCGCUCGGUGCUGCAUUUUUCGAAAUUAUGGCGGAUCCAUUCAGAGGUCAUAGCUUUACGCAGUCCAGCGGUGGCCACCUAGACCUUCCCCUGGAAAAUUUUGGAAACUUAAAUUCGCGCUCCCGCUUUGCAACAAACGGAGGUAGAUUAGUUGACAGUCGUGAGAAAAGUCCUGUAAAUUCACUCUCUAAGUCGCGCCGCACUCUACGGCAGACGACCUUCAAUGCUGAGAUCAAGGCUUACCCGCUACCCGAUCCAAGCCAAUUUGAGACUCCCAGUGCACCUACACGCUCGUCAGAUUCUAUCAACGAUGCGUUUAUUUUGUACCCGAUGCAAUCAUUCAAGUAUCUCGUCGACCAAGAUCGAGAGAAGCCGCAAGAAGAAGAUGACUCAGUGAUCUACAGUCCUCCUAGGCAGCACGCAAACAUUUUCGUCACUGACAAGCAACCGUUACCCACCUCCAGCAAUAAUGCACCUGAAAAAACUACCACUCGUAGUAACUCUAUUGGGAAUUGUGCGGAGAUCAAGCCUCUAGGAACUCUGCGAGAAGAGGACGUGAAGAAGAAAGAGGAUGUGCAAUCGAUUGACUCCAGAGCAAAAAUGCCCAGCAAAGUGGCAGUGGUGUAUGAUGGAGCACACAAAUUCACAACCGCAGCCGUGGACAUUGCACUCAAUGGGUAUGCGACGUCUGAAGGCGACGUUAUUCUCGUGGUAGCAUUUUUGGAACACAUCCUGAGCCCCAUGGGUAUGAGGAUGGUGGCAGAUCUGCAGCAGUUCAGUGGAGUCAAUGAAUCAGUCCUCCGACAAGCAGUUACUAUGAAGAGAAAUGACAUAGAAAACAAGCUAAAAGACACCCUUCGUUUGCAAGUGUGUCAAGUGAAGAAGAUCCAUUUGGAUAUCAAAGUGUUGCCAGGAUCAAAUUCGAAAGCACUAGUUACGAAGGAAAUUGUAGAUUUUCAAGCCACAACUGCGAUCUUUGACAGAAAUGCAAUGAAGAACAGGAAGUAUUACGAGGAGAAUCUCUCCUGCCACAUUCUACGACUCCGUAGUGACGGUCGCAGAGUCGAGACCGUUUCUCUCUUUGGCCAGGGGCUUCAGAAAACAGGAUCUAUUACCUCACAGUGCUCUGACUCUUCCUCUGAUUCAUCGUCCUCUAUGAACUCUGAGCUGGUCAUCAAUACCUCAAUAUGGUCAAAAUUAAAGUUCCUUGGCUCUAGGCGCAGUAGUGGGUCAGCCCGCCGUGGCCAAGGCUCUAUCGAAGGCAGCUCAAGAAGUAGCUCAAACCUGGGAUCUCCCAAACAUGCAGUUCAUGAAGAAGAUCGAACUGUUUCUGAGGUACUUGAAGAAAGUUUUUCGUUCGACAGUCCAAAGCCGAACUCGGCUGAAGCUUUCGUGUACGCGGCUGCAGGAGUGGAUAAAUUCGGCUCAUAUACAAAAAAAAAUGGAGCAACUCUUCCGGCAGCUUUGGCUGCGUAGUUUCCGUUUCGUUGACUAAGAUAUCCAUAUUUGCGAUGUUCGCAUUUCGACUCAACAUAUUCAUGUAUUCAGACUGGACACUGAGUGAAGGCAUUUGGAGUUGGUGUCUUCGGAUGGACUUCAUCAAGCAGGUUCAUCAGUUUUGUAGAUUCCUCUUGAGCAUGACGAGUUUCCGUUCUUUUUUUCUUCUUAGAAUCCUGAUCAGCUUGCGAAUGGCUACACAAUUGAGUUUACUCUCUUGUAACCGCCAUUCACAGUUAGAGCAAGGAUGUAGUGCAAAGAAAUCACAGGUAAGUGGGCACUAGUUACUAGAAAUUGGUCCCGUGUUUUACAUUGCUAUUAUUGCUUCAGAGCUGUUGAUGUGCGCGCGGCAGUCCAAAUAGGAAGGCUCAAUUUGGAUUCAAUCAACUGCCAUCGUCAACAUGUAAACCAAUCACUGUACAGUAUGCCCCCCCCCCCCCAACUCCCUUUUUUUUAAAAUUUUUACUUAACAUGGAGUGCCACUGUUCAUGGCUCACGUUACUAUAGAAUCUGCUGUAGUGACCUUAUCAUCUCUCACAAACCUUAGAUCUUAUGUUUACACAACUCAGUCCCUCCUCUCCCCCUCUCUGGCCUCUUAGCAUGGCUUAGCAAUGCGAGCCAUGAACCGUGAUGUUGUCUCACACUCAGGCAAUGAUUGUAGCAUAUUACAAUAUAUAAAUAUGUGUUGUAUGGGUUUUGACUUAAGUA